AUGGUUGUAAUGUCGAUCAGCGAUCUUCGUAAAUAUAAAAGGAAGGGAGAAGAUGUGAAGAUUUUCAUUUCCUUGUUUAUAUCUUGCUUUUGGGAAAUUCAAGGUGAGUGUUUUUAUUGUGGAAAAAAAUUUUUUUGGGGUAAGGCAAAAAAAUGGUGCUUUUUGAAACUUUUGACGCAUUGACUUUCAUAAAAAUUGGGACAGAUUUAGAAUAGGUUUUUGUAAGAUAUAUCCCAUGCUUUUACACACAACCACAGUGGCGGACCUGAUCCAGUGGCAAAAAACCUACUCUUUUGCAUCCGUGAAGUAUCAAAAACGCAGCAAAAUACUUGGUACGCUUUUUGCCACUAAAUAAGGGCCGCCACUGCAGCAGAAACAGCGAAGAUUUUUAUGUUCAAGCUUGGCGAAAUUUUACAUUUUUUUUAUGAAAAUCUUCAGCCUGAGUUUUGCAGUUCACUAAGCCCACAAAAAAAAUCAUUUUUUUCUGCGCAAAAUUCGAGGAGAUGACCAAGAAGCGUUUAACCACCCGCAUUUUGCAAGCACUCUCGUUGAAAAAGCCAAGCGCGAUGAAUAACGUGCUGACCGUGCAAAUCACUCACCUACAUACUCUUAGAAUUUUACCUCUUUAAAUGAGUCUGUCGGAAAAAUAAUGAUCGCAAUGUUGCUGCGCCGUUAACGUCGCUGACGCGAAAAGCAAUUUGAGUUUGCCGCUACACAAAUCAUUUUCCGGCGGCAUUUUUCCCAUGUAGACUGGAAGCUAUCAUAGCAUUAUUACUAAAAAAUUUAUUUUUUUAUUUUUCAGCAAUGUCUCUCAAAACCACCUUUCUCCUCCUGGCCAUUACUAUCACAGUGAUCACGGCCCUUCCAACCCGCCAAAAACGUCAAUGGGGAAUUCCACCGUCAACUCUGUUUGCCGAACAGCAAGCUCGCGCCAGCCUGGCAAACAGUCAGUUCUUGACGAAUCAGGCCAUCGCUGAUUCCAACUACCUCACCAUGCAAGCGCAACAAAGACAACGUCAGGACUUGAUGAACUCGCAAAUGCUGACCAACCAAGCCAUUAUGAACUCGAACAUGGCCGUUCAGCGAGCUCAGUGGAGCGCGGCUGCUCCGUAUAUGUGGGGAUAG